UUCAAGUAAAAGAUGGAUGAUCCGGUAGGAAGUGAAGACGAUACUGUUAUGGAUAUAGCUGCGGACGACCAGAAUAGUGAUGCAGGCGGCGCGGCAACAUAUAGAAAGUUGGUUUGGGAAUACGAAUUGAGCCGCGGAAGAUGGAUCAAGUAUGAAAAUGCAGUCAGCGGAAAGUUAAAUGAGAGCAUAGCAAAUAAUGUUGCGGACUUUGAAAUGGACGAAUCUAAAUUACAAAUCGAUUUCAACUUAAUGAAACAGAAAAACUUGAGUACCGGUUUUGUUCGGUCUGUGAGAUGCGCUAUUCGAAAUGACGAAGGUGUUUACCGUGUCUGGGAAUACAUUGAUUCGAAAAGACGUUGGCGAAGUAUGGAUCCAACAUCUGUCAUAACAUUAGAAAAUGCUUUCGUUAAUGGAUCUGGAAACGUUAAAAUACUGCUGUCGGGAAUAAAUUUCAUUGCUGAUUUCGACAGUAAUCUAAUCAGAAGUGACGACGGAUUGACGGAAUAUAAAAUCCGUUCAUACAUCUCGAAUGCCGAACCCUCAAUGUCAGCAAAACCAGUUCCAAGGAUCGAACGUCUUCGUGCAGUAAAACGUAUUGCAGCACGGACCAAUACACCCUCGACUGAAAGUAAACGAAAGGCGAUGUGGGAGAAAGAUGACAAAAAUGAUACCGAUAGAAAUGAUAAUAACAAUGAAAAACAAAGUAAUCAACCAAAAAGAACUCGUAGAAAAGGAAAUAGUAAUUCUGGAAGUCAAAAAUCAAAUGAUUCGAGUAGCAGUACUGACAAUAAGACCGAUUUGGAGAAAGUUAUACCGAAGGGCGCUGCGGUUGUGGAUCCUGAAUGUCAUGGAUUAAUCGGCACUGCACAUGUUUAUACUGAUUCCAGCGAUGUUUAUGACGCUUUAUUGAAUCAGACCAAUGCACAACACAAUAACAAUAAAUAUUUUAUUAUACAACUGUUAGAAUGUGAUGAAGAAAAGCGCUAUUGGGUUUGGUUCCGUUGGGGGCGCGUCGGCUACAAAGGACAAACCAGUUUGAAUCCAUGUGAUACAAAUUUGACACUUGCAAAGAAAUUAUUUUGUGACAAGUUCAAGAACAAAACAGCAAAUGACUGGACAGAAAGAACCAAUUUCAAGAAAGUAGUUGGCAAAUACGACUACUUGCCUGCUGAUUACUCGAAAACAAUAGAAGAGAAAAAGAAUGAAAAUGAUGCUAAAGAGAAAAAAGAAAUUGAAUCAAAACUGGACGCUUAUCUGCUACAUUUAUUAAACAUUAUCUGUGAUAUACGAACAAUGGAGGAAACGAUGACAGGAUUGGAAUAUGACGCCACUAAAGCACCGCUAGGGAAAGUAACGGACGAGCAAAUUAAAGCUGGUUAUGCAGCGCUGACAAGGAUUGAAGAGCAUAUUAAGAAAAAGGAUUUCUCGUCUAGUUUUGUGGAAACUGUCAACAAUUAUUACACAAAAAUACCUCACUUUUUUGGGAUGCGUCAGCCGCCAAUGAUUAAGACAGUGGAACAGCUAAAAGCUGAAAUUAAAUUGUUAGAGGCUUUGAACGAGAUUGAAAUGGCUAUACGGACAUUCAAGAAGGAGGGAGAUGUGAAUAUUCAUCCAAUCGAUCGUCAUUACAUGAAUAUGAAAUGCGAAAUAUCACUCCUAAGUGCAAAUAAUCCUAUGUAUAAGCUUGUGAAUAAUUACCUCCAAUGGACGCAUGGUCCAACGCAUAAUAUGUAUCGUAUGCGCAUUCGUAAUUUGUACGCAAUAAAUCGAGAGGGAGAACAGGAAAAAUUCAUGUUCGAUGUUGGCAACAGGAAGUUAUUAUGGCAUGGAUCUCGAUUGACAAAUUGGUUUAGUAUCUUAUCUCAAGGAUUGCGAAUUGCCCCACCAGAGGCUCCUACAACCGGUUACAUGUUUGGUAAGGGUAUUUACUUUGCUGAUAUGUCAACAAAAUCAGCCAAUUAUUGCUACCCACAAAAAAAUAAGCCUGGCUUUUUGGUAUUGGCGCAAGUCGCGUUGGGAGAAAUGCACGAAUUACUGCAAGGCGACAUUCAUGCUAGCAAGCUUCCUGCAGGAAGGAAUAGUACUAAAGGAUUAGGUUCAAUUGUUCCCGAUCCAGCUACAUAUGUCACUUUAGACGAUUGUGAAAUACCGUGUGGUAAGCCGGUCACAGUACAACCAAAAGGCGGGGCUUCUUCACUUAUUUAUAACGAAUACAUUGUUUACGAUGUAAAACAAGUUUGGAUUCGUUACCUCAUUGAAAUUGAUUUCAUUUUUAACUGA